GAAGAAGAAACCGUCAACAUAUAAAGUACCUACGCUGUCAUUUCGAUUUGGCGUAUUUCGGCGUCAGGAAUGGGGCUCCUAUCGAGGAGGAACGUUUUAUCUGCACUAUUCUUCAUCACGGUCCUGUCACAAGAACAAUUUCGAUGGGUCGAGGCCGACCACUGUGUCUGGUAUGGUCAAUGUGGGGAAUCUGUGCAAGUGCCUGGAAGUAAAUACAACUGCAACUACACUGGUCCUCCUGUCCCACUACACCCUGAGGGCUAUGAACUUCUCACGGAACUUUGUCCUGCGUAUGACUAUGGAAACCGAAGCCUCUGCUGUGAUGUUGACCAGCUGCGUACUCUCAAAGGGAGCCUGCAGCUGCCCCUUCAGUUCCUGUCUCGGUGUCCUGCCUGUUUCUCCAACCUCAUGACCCUCUUCUGUGAGCUGACCUGCAGCCCCCACCAGAGUCAGUUUAUGAAUGCCACACAGUUUAAUAAGACCAGUGUCGUGGAAGUGCAGUACUAUAUUGGACAAAGAUUUGCUAAAGCCAUGUUCAAUGCCUGCCAGGACGUCCAAGCACCCUCUAGCAAUGUGAAGGCCUUAUCACUGCUGUGUGGCAAGGAGGCAAAGGACUGCAAUGCUGUCAACUGGAUCCAGUACAUGUUCGAUAUCAACAAUGGACAGUCUCCCUUCAGUAUCAUCCCAGUUUUCUCAGAUGCCCCAGUGUCUGGUUACAUCCCAAUGAACAACCAGACGUACGCUUGCACCGAGGGCUUAGAGGACGGUUCGGGUCCGUGCUCCUGUCAGGACUGCGCGAAUGCCUGUGGGCCUAAACCUGUGCCGCCCCCUAUACCGCCACCAUGGACAAUCUUUGGCAUCGAUGCCAUGACUGUCAUCAUGUUUAUCUCCUACAUGGGCUUUCUGCUCACCUUUGUUGGGGCUGUGCUUGUUGUGUGGUGUUACAGGAAAAGGACGAUCAUAUCCGAGUAUGCCCCCAUACUGGACACCAGCCCACCACUGUCUCUUAACAGUGAUAAUCCUGAUCAAGUCAAUGCCUCUUGCAGCGAAACCAUUGGUGAACGCUUCGAGAAUACGCUGCGGAUAAUGUUCAGCUCUUGGGGUUCCUUCUGCGUGCGUCAUCCCUCUGUGGUCAUAUUGGGCAGUGUAAUACUUGUGUUAGCCUCCUCUGGGGGACUUGUCUAUAUGCGCAUCACCACUGACCCAGUUGAGCUGUGGUCGUCUCCCAGUAGCCAGGCUCGCCAAGAGAAGGACUAUUUUGACAGCCAUUUUGGACCCUUCUUCAGAACCGAACAGCUGAUUAUAACCACUCCACUCACGAAUGCGUCCAUCUACUCUCCAAUCAUUGGGCCAGAUAUUUCUUUCGCACCCAUACUGGACAAAGACAUCCUGCAUCAGGUGCUAGAUUUGCAGCUUGACAUUGAAGCACUUGUGGCUACAUAUGAGGGACAAAAUGUCACCCUGAAGGACAUCUGCUUGGCUCCACUGGCUCCCUUCAAUGACAACUGCACCAUCCUGAGUGUCCUCAACUACUUUCAGAACAGCCAUGAUGUGUUGGACCACGUCAUAGAAGAUGAAUUCUUGGUCUAUGCUGACUAUCAUAGUCACUUCCUCUACUGUGUCAGUGCACCAGCAACCCUGAACGACACUACUCCUCUCCAUGACCCUUGUUUAGGCACAUUUGGUGGCCCAGUCUUCCCGUGGCUUGCCCUUGGAGGUUAUGAAGACACCGACUACAACAAUGCCACUGCUCUAGUGAUAACCUUUCCGCUCCUGAACUACCUGAAUGACACAGAGAAGUUGGGGAAAGCCCUGGCAUGGGAGAAAGAGUUUAUCGAGUUCAUGAAAAACUUCACAAAUCCCAACCUGACCAUAGCGUUUAGUGCCGAGAGAAGUAUCGAAGAUGAAAUUGACAGAGAGAGCAACAGUGACAUCAGCACUAUCAUUAUCAGCUAUGUCAUUAUGUUCAUAUAUAUCUCCCUGGCCCUUGGUCACAUCCAAAGCUGCAGGAGAGUGUUGGUGGACUCUAAGAUUUCUCUGGGCAUAGCUGGUAUCCUGAUUGUGCUCAGCUCUGUGACUGCCUCACUGGGGAUCUUCAGCUAUGCUGGUAUCCCUCUUACCCUCAUUGUGAUUGAGGUCAUUCCAUUCCUGGUGCUGGCUGUCGGAGUGGACAACAUCUUUAUCAUAGUGCAGACGUACCAGAGGGAUGAGCGUUUGCCUCAUGAGGAACUUCACCAGCAGAUUGGACGUAUUCUUGGAGACGUUGCCCCCAGCAUGUUCCUCUCCUCCUUCUCUGAAACGGUGGCCUUUUUCUUGGGAGCCUUGUCCAGCAUGCCUGCAGUGAGGACUUUCUCUAUGUUUGCUGGCUUGGCUGUUUUCAUUGAUUUCCUGUUGCAGAUCAGCUGCUUUGUUAGCUUGCUCGGCUUGGACGCCAGAAGACAGGAGGCAAAUCGACUCGACAUCAUCUGCUGUGUAAAGCUUCCUGACAGUCAAGAAACGAAGACAGAUGGCUGCCUUUUCCGUUUUUUCAAGAAAAUCUAUGCCCCAUUCAUCCUCAAAGAGUGGGUUCGACCGAUCAUAGUGGCAGUGUUUGUCGGAAUACUCUCCUUCAGUAUUGCUGUAGUUAACAAAGUAGAGAUUGGACUGGACCAGAAAUUAUCCAUGCCUGAUGACUCGUACGUGUUGGAAUACUUUGGGAAUUUAAGCGAGUAUCUCCACACUGGAGCUCCUGUGUAUUUUGUGGUGGAGGAUGGUCUGAACUACAGUAGCCUGGAUGACCAGAAUGUUGUAUGUGGAGGAGUUGGAUGCAACAACAACUCCCUGGUGCAACAGGUCUAUGAAGCCUCACUCAUCAGUGACUACUCAGCCAUUGCCUACACGCCGUCCUCCUGGCUGGAUGACUACUUUGACUGGGUGAAGCCUCGGUCCACCUGCUGUCGAUACUACAACAACACUGGCGCUUUUUGCAAUGCCUCGGUGGAGGACCCAUCCUGUGUGCACUGUCGGCCCAUGACUCCAUCUGGAAAGCAGAGGCCUGUCGGAGAAGACUUCAUGCGGUUCCUACCCAUGUUCCUGUCAGACAAUCCCAAUGUCAAAUGUGGAAAAGGUGGCCAUGCAGCCUACGCCACAGCAGUAGACCUGUAUCCCAACAACACCAGGGUGGGAGCUACUUACUUUAUGACUUUCCACACCAUCAUGAAGGAAUCCUCAGAAUACAUACAUGCGCUGCAAAUGGCCCGAGAACUGUCUGAAAAUAUCACUCAGUCCAUCGGCCACAAGGUUUUUGCCUACAGCGUCUUCUACGUCUUCUACGAGCAGUACCUCACCAUCGCACACGACACUGCUCUGAACUUGGGCGUGUCGAUAGCCGCCAUAUUUGUGGUGUCAACGAUCCUGCUGGGCUUCGAGCUGUGGUCGGCUGCGCUCGUCAGCCUCACCAUCGUCAUGAUCCUGGUCAAUAUGUUCGGCGUCAUGUGGCUGUGGGACAUCAGCCUCAAUGCAGUUUCCCUGGUGAACCUGGUCAUGAGUUGUGGCAUCUCAGUGGAAUUCUGCAGUCACAUCGUGCGAGCGUUUUCCGUCAGUGUGAAGAAGAACCGGGUGGAGCGAGCUGAAGAGGCUCUUGCUCACAUGGGCAGUUCUGUAUUCAGCGGGAUCACCUUAACAAAGUUUGGAGGCAUCUUAAUCUUAGCACUGUCCAAGUCACAGAUCUUCCAGGUCUUCUACUUCAGGAUGUUCUUGGCCAUCGUGCUUCUGGGGGCCACACAUGGCCUCAUCUUCCUCCCUGUGCUGCUCAGUUAUAUAGGUCCUUCGGUGAACAAAGCAAAGGUGUUUGCUGCUCGUCAGCGAUUUGUUGGUACAGAGAGGGAGCAUCUCCUCAACUACUAGCAGUGGACACUGACCUAACUCUUUGUUUGGAAGGGACUAAGUGGGUGUGAGCGCAAGCAGUUUCUGUGAUUACUGACACACUCAUCAUCAUCGUCAUCGUUGCUACUACUAUACACGGAUGUAACUCAGGAAUAAGAGUGCCUGAGGCCUUUUUUUUAAGGCUUCAUACUAAGUGACGCCUGCAGAAGACUUUAGACCUUCCACGUCACACUACAGGACAACAAGCAUGACAUUCUGUGGAACACAGAGUGUUCAAGUAAGACGGACACCACCCUCGACAUCGACUUACUGACAAACUCCGAUGAGGAGCUACUUUGGGAAAUCUUUUAAGGGUAAAUUAGUUUUUUUUUAAAAUAUAUACCAGAUAAGAAAACUAUGUAGCAUAGAGUUGGUAUUAUUUGGUCUUUUUUUAUUUUUAAGAGGGAUUUAAAAGUAUAACAUAUUAUAUUAUACACUGAUAUUUUAAGCCCCCAUAAUACCGGUUAUUAACAUUUAUUGUAAAGCAGGUCAGCUAGCUGUAGCAUUUUCACCAAGCAAUAAUACGUGUUCCCUGUGAACCUAACCAACCCACAUUUAGUUUUAGUGUGAUUUAGUCGUGUUUUUACUCACUAGCACAUGGGAUUUGAAAUCAAACCUGGCUUUUAAUUUUAUUUAUUCCUGUGCCAUGUGCUAAAAAGAAAUGCUACAAUUUCCUCAGUGGGUGUGGAUGAAGCUUGACAGUCAUGGUUUUCUUUCAGAUUCAGUUCACUGCAGACAGACAGAGUCAAAACGAAAACUAUUCUUAUAUUUCCACAUUUGUCGCUAAAUAUGUUUUUCCUCUGCCACAUUUCAUUUUAGUGACAGUUCAAAUGUCAUUGUUCUUUCUUUUUUUUAAGUCCACUGAGCAUCUGCGUCAGUCAAGAUGCAUGUUCAUACCAGAUGUGAAUGAAGCUAAAGAUGAUUUUAUACUGAACGACAAAUAAGACGCCUCGCAGUUACUGAAUAGAACCAGUUUUUUUCUGUGUGGAACUAGAGAGACUGUAAAUUGCACACACAGGACUGUGUUGUACUUAAGUCUGUAGCAUGACUGGAUAAUGCAUUUCUGCACAUUUAUUAUGAUUUAUCUUUAUCUUUAUUUUGUCAACCAUUCACAUAAUAUUCCUGGGGACUGGGAAGACGACGGCCGAUUCAAAACCAAAACAUCCUACAACCUUAUUCGGUUGCAUCACCUUAGUGUCAACGUGUCAUGAGAUAUAGAUCAUUGGAGCUGAUCAUUUAUUGUGCCUUAAACAGGGUUGUGUGCUAUCACAAACUGAACUGAACCAUUAUUAGAAUAGAAUGAGGAUGUUCUCAUUUUUAGCGUUGGGACAUUUUAAGCAAACUGUAUCAUUCCUUCUUUUUAGUCAUCCCCCCUCCCCACCUCCCCCACCCAUGAUGCAGUCAUGUUUUCUGGAAUCUUAAGGAUGAAUUUGGAUGUGAAGUGUUUAUGAGAAAGUUGUAACCCAAGUAUUGGGGAAUUGUGCUUGUUUACAGUACGGCAGCAUCUCUGACAAAACGAAAAAUGCUUAACACUUUUAAUAGUCUUACAACAUAUAUAUGGUUUAAUUCUUGUCCCAGAAUGUCUGUACUAAUAUUUGAACAUAUAUAUACAUUUUAACAUUAUGUCAUUGGAAUAAAGUAUCAGUUAAAUCAA